CCCAGCUCCUACAUUAGAGACGUGCGGGGCAAGUUUUUGUUGGAAAGGACCGAGAUAAAAAAAAACUCGACAUACCCUGGUGACAUCCGUAACUGUUUUGCUCCUGCUGGUACUGGUGUGUGGAAAGUGUUUCAAGUUUUGUUGCUCAACACGUGCCUUUGUCAGGACUGCAUUUGCCUCUGGAAACGAAAGUUUGAGCUUUUUACACAUUUGACUGCAUGUGCCUGAGAGUCUGACCCUGCUGCAUCUCUGCAAUGGCUGCCUUGUGCUCCACCUCUGUGCCUGAGGGUUUCCACUAUGAGACUAAGUACAUUGUCCUCAACUACCUGGGCCUCCUGCCCCCCUCCCAGCUACUGUCCACUGCUGGCGGAGGAGAUGACCAGUAUGCUGUGGACAGGGAGAUGGAGAGAGAGCGGAACAGAGUGAUGAAAGGACAGAUAGAGGAAGAGCUGAGGCAACUGGAAGAUGAGAUCUCAGCCUCCUUCUCCAGUACAGGCUUUGACUGCCACAUGUCUCCAGUGUUCAGCCCUGCCAACCCAGAGAGCUCCAUCGAGGACUGCCUUGCUGCUCUGGGCGACCGGGUGGCCAGAGACCUGGACACACACCUGGCCUCCGCUGUACACACACUCCUUAGUGCCCCUUUGGACUACGAGCGUUUCAGAGAAGCAGCACAAGACGUCUCCUGCCACACGCAGAGCGGCUGGACCAAGGUGCUGGUGCCUUUAGUGCUGCUGCAGGCCCUACAGGGAGAAGGACAGAUCCUGGCCACCCUGCUUCCUCUGGGGGUCAAUUUCCUGGAGGAGGCUGAGGCAGACUACAUCAUCCGGCAGGGAGGAUGGGGUACAGUGUUUAGCCUGGAGGAAGAGGAGCAGCAAGGCUUGACCAUAGCCGAGGACAGCAACGACAUCUAUAUCCUGUCUGGAGAGCAGCUUCCCACAUCACUGCUGGGCACCGGAGUCAGCAGUGGGUUGGACAGCUGGCAGACAGAAAGCUUACGUCUGUCUCUGGCAGGCCACGAGUCCUGGGCACAGGUGGACAUGAUGGACCAUCCCGAAGACAUCAAGCGCCUGGAAAGCAACGAGGGCAACCUCGCAGAAGAGCGCAGCGAGAACAACUCGUCCAACUCUGACAUCGUGCACGUGGAGCGAGAAGACGCAGAGGAGGGUGAGGGCGGGGCAGAGGAGCCUGAGCUGCAGGAGAUCAUGCUGAGCGUGCUGGGGACGGAGAGCGAGCUGGCUGAGCUGAGGGUGGAGUUUAGGGAUGACACCCCACCUCCUGUCCCAGCAUUCCCAGAGCCUGUGGUGGGAUAUCUGGAGGAGCCGGUCGUCAUUGAGACCUCUGCUCCCCUGUCGGCGGUCCUGUCAGAGCCCGAACCCCCUGCACCAGCCCCUGUGGUUGAUCCUACCCCUGUUGAGGCAGCACCCGCCAAGGUGCCCCCUACUCCCCAACCAGCAGAGCAAGUCCCAGAGCCAGUCCCAAUGCCAGUCGCAGCAGCACCACCCCAGCCAGAGCCCGUUCCAGAGGAGCCCCAGCCUGAACCUCAGUCAGAGACUGUGCUGGAGCUGGCAGCAGCGCCUGUCCUGGAGGCACCCCCAGCCUCUGUGGAGACCCCUGUGGCCCCAGCUGAGCAGACCCCGGUGCAAAUGGAACCAGAGCCCAAGUUGGAGCUUCCAGUGCUGCUUUACGGGGGAGCUGCCCUGGUGGCCCUAGCUGCUGUAGUGGCCUGGGUAGUCCUAACCCACCGGAAGAGGUAGCCUAGCGGUGCUCCUGACCUGGGCCCCAGACCUCACCUCCUCCCUCCCUGGUCCCUGCCUGGCUCACUGCAGGUAACCUGGGCUGCUGUGCUGCCAACGCCAGGUGCACACACCAUGGCAAAAUUAACUCUUUCUCUCUCUCGCUCCGUUUUUGUUUUCCCCCGUUCUCAUCUCUGCUCAUCUGGCGUUUUGAUAUGUUUGUCUUCAGUUGUACAUUGCUGCCUCUGACCUAUCACCUCAAACUGGAAAGGACAUAUUAUACAUUUUUAUCUUGGUUUCUCUAUUGUGUGUUUUCUGGGUGUGUGGGGUUCUGUCCUGUGCCGUCUUGAUGCACGUGACCGAUACAAGCAGGGUGUCUGUUACCCUCUCGGCUGGAGCUUCGGUACCUCUUUGUCCUCAGAGCCUAGUGGGUGUAGCUCAAGUCACAAUUGCCAGUUCUGUUUCAAAAAAGGGUACAGGAAAGAGCACCAAUUCCAAUAGAUUUUUCUAUCUGGAAUGAUUAAAAAAAGUAUGUUCUGACUACCUUAUGUCCUCUGAAAAACAAUCCUGUCUUCAAGAGCAGGUUGAUGUUUAGAUGAGAUGAACGUGGUUAUGUAGAAUAUUUUUUUAUGGCAGUUAACAGAUCAUGAUUAGACUCAUUUUUGUUUUUAGAAUUAUGUGAUGUUGGGAUAGAAGAUUCACUACUGGAGACCCUGACGUGCCUGUAAAAUAACUAUCUGCAGAGUUAAAAGGGACAAAAUUGUUCAUAUAUAGCACUUCAUUGAGAUGAUUAAUAUCACACUAAAAUGUGAAGUAGAUAUAUUUAUGAUGAUCUACUCCCCCACUAUAUUCAUGGCUGAUUGCCAGUCACUUACUACAUCAACUGAUGAUAAAUGUAUUAUUUUGAAAAUUAUUCGGGGUCGAUUUUUGGAAAAUGAGGGUUUCCACUUUAAGAUGUGAAUGGGAUGCCUUGACUCAAGGGUAUAUAUUUUCACAUGAAUAUAAUAUAUUAUCACUGUACCUAAUUUCAUUCAUUUAGCUAACACAUAUUUUGACACAGGAGUCUUCUCUUUAUAUAGUGUUGUAAUGUAUGGUCAUAUUGCAGUAUUAUAAUUGCAAUGAAAUUGAUUUUUUUUAAUAGUGUCAUAAAAAGGGACGAGCUGAGGAUAAAGAUUACCGCAGCUCACAGCCAGAGUGGGAUACAUCAUUGCGUUUUAUAACUUGCUGUCUCUUUUUGGUUUUGAGGGGACUGUGAUGGGUGAAUGUGUUAUUCAACAUUCCAGGCAUGAAGAUGCAUCCUUGAAAAUAGAUGUAUAGAAUUGUCAUUCGUGUGUGUGUGUGUGUGUCAACGUCACCCACACCUAAGGCCAGUUUAACCAUGAUGGCACCAUGGUCAAUACUGUUCCAGGCACUGUGUUCUGUCGACAGGGAAUGGAGGGUUGGGAAUGACUGCACCAAGAUCCACUUUGUCUCUGUUUGGUGAAUUUCAUACUCAUAGGUUCAACUCGAAAGGUUUAAGAUUGAAAUAUUAAACAUGGAAGAUAUAGUCCGUCUAAUUGAUUUUAAUCUGAGACUAUAUCAGAAGGAGAAAUUUUUGUCUUGAAUCAAUUUAUGCUCUCAUUCCCAACUCGUGUAUUUUAAGAAAUAAGGCACGAGGGGGUGUGGUAUAUGGCCUAUAUAUAUCAUGGCUUAGGGCUGUUCUUAGGCGCGACACAACACGUCAUGCUGGAUACAGCCCUUAGCCGUGGUAUAUUGGCCAUAUACCACAAACCCCCGAGGUGCCUUAUUCUAUUAUAAACUGGUUAACAAUGUAAUUAGAGGUAGAAAGAUGUUUUGUCAUACCCGUGGUACACGGUCUGACAUACCACGGCUGUCAGCCAAUCAACAUUCAUUGCUCGAUCCACCUAGUUUAUAAUAGUAAAUAACCUCACAUGGAUUUUUUUAAUUUUUUUAUUUUUUCCUUCUACAUGGUUAGCUUUUUGUCCCCUCUGCUGGCCCAAACUGCCCACCCCGCACUGCCUUGCCAUUCCACUGUAACCCCAUUGCAUGCCUAACUUUCUACAGUAGAGACUUCUAAACGAAGCUUAACAUCUGUGUCUGCUGCCUUCUUCCCACUACUAGCAAAGCUCCCUCCAUUUCUCAAGCCCGAGUGGAAGUCUGUCUACAACUUGAAGAGUAGGAACAACACACAUGCCCGCCCUGCCACAGACAAUCAACAGAGCUAAUGAAACCUCAUAUCUUCCUCUGUGUACAAUGUGAAUCCAAAAUAAACUCUGCACUGUAGGCCUCGAGUCAGGAGUAAAAUAAAAAAAAUGAUGUGUG